CUCGGCAAAAAACUAUCCGAUGCGAUAUGCUACCUUCCGGCUGCCGUGCUUGCCCUCGUGGCUAUCGCAACCGUGUUCGCGGCGACCUGCAGCCCAUGGGGAACAUCAAAUAUCUUCCGCUGGACCAGCAACUAUGGCCGAGACGAGGACUUGCUGCGUUUGGUCACGCCCGGAUUUGGAGAUUGUUUGCAAUACAUUCAAUUCAUCGUCUUGGCAGGAAGUCUCAGCCUGAACUACCCCGGGUACUUCCAGCCCGUCGUCAGCCAGGCCAGUUGGUCGUUACUUCUAUUUAAUCAGAGUUUCGUCAGUCAAGGCAACGGCUCCCAGAGUCUUGUUGACGGUAUCUACUUUGCUAACGGAACCUACGGCCUGAAUCGCCUGGGUCAGUACGUUGGGAUGAGUAGAGAGCGUGAUAUAUGGGCGUGUAUGGCCAUCUUCCUACUCGUUCUGAUAGCCUGUGUGAUUGUGCUUACCCAGCUCGGCUUCUUCAUACGCUGGCUCUUCCGCUGGAUCACCAACACGCAAGACGGUGAUCUGACUGGGAAGAACUGGUCUUUCACCGCCGGCAACAUCAUCCGUGUCGUUUACAACUACUUCAUGCUUCCGAUUAUAGCGCUGUCCUUGUUCCAACUCGUAGUCGGUCCACGCUCGCCGGCUUCCGUCGUCUCCUCAGCCGUCAUCAUGCUGAUCAUUGUCGCCGGAUCAGUCACCUGGAUAUUCUGGUUCAUUUUCACCACACGCCCUCGUGCUCAUUUGUUUGACGACCUUCCCACUGUCUUGACCUAUGGACCACUCUACAACACCUACUCGGAUGAUGCCGCUCCAUUCUCUUUCAUUCCUGUCCUGCUCACCAUCAUCCGUGGUAUUGCUAUCGGCGCCAUCCAACCGUCUGGCAUCGCGCAAAUCAUCAUACUUGCUAUAUGCGAAGUUAUUCUGAUUCUCACUCUACACGCCUUCCGGCCGUUCCAGUCAAAUACUUCGAUGAAUGCCUACCAUACCUUCUUCGCUACAGUCCGACUCACCUGCGUCCUUCUUUCCGUAGCUUUCGUACCCUCGCUUGACGUGGAUGAAGCACCCAAGGGCUGGAUCGGAUACAUUAUCUUGUUACUACACGCUAUCGUCUUGGUAUUCGGCUUUUUCCUGAACGCUCUUCAGACAAUCAUCGAGGUUUCUGCCCGACUUGGUGGUGUAGGUGCAGAUCAACGAGGCGGUCUUACCGCAGUCUUUGGAAAGCGGCAACUGUCGAAACGUAACGUCCACCGAAACACACGUGGUAGUCUGAACUCGAACGCUGCCAUGUUGUCACACGAUGAGAACAAGAACAUACAGCUCAUGAACAGUCGAUCCCGGAGUAUGUCUGCCAGUUCAGCCGUGCUCCUGAAUGGGCCUUAUGACCGAGACAGCCAACGUGCAAGUGUUGGAUUCGACGGCUUCAGUCAGGGCGACUACGGAAAUGUCAGUCCAACUCCAGGAUCGGGUCCGGUACCCUUCACUUUCUUAGGUGGCGGGUCUUCGGGCCAGAGCUCUCGCAGGCCAACGAUGGGCACCAUGGACGCUGCGGAUCCGUACUAUCGACCUCCACGCCCCCGUAAGCAUACCAUGGAUUCUCUAACAGCAGCUGCACCAGGCAAGGCCCCUCUGGGAAGUGCAGAUAUUGUGGACGCCCCCUACUCGGACAAUCUAGACACUGAAGCUAUCAAAGCCGGUGAAGGCCCGUCGCGUACUUCUGGCACACCUGCCCCAGCCUAUCUGCGGCUGAACCGAGACGACUCGGACCCAAAUCUUGACAGAAGGAACAACAACAAUACCGACUAUUCCGUACGCGAGUCAGACUUUUACUAUGGACUUCGUGGCCCUGCUUUGUCUUCCCAACCUACGCGAAAGCUGAAGACAGGGCCUGCAGAUCCCAUGAGUCCUGUGUCGUCGGCUACAGGUUGGUUCAAGAGCUUGAACCUAUUGGGUGGGCGGAAGAAGGAAAAGAGCAAGGGAUUUGAAGUGGUCAGAAGUACACGUAUACCGCCACAGAUGAUGGCUGUGGAAGAAGACGUUGAGUCGCCAGCAGUCGUGCAGGAGCCAUAUCGGGACAGUCCUGAGUCACCACCGCGAGCUCGGAACGUAUCAGGAGGGUCAGGCGUAGCGACAGCGGCUGCCUUGGCUGGAGGGAGACGAGACUCUUCCGAUAGCGACUCAGACACGAGUGAUGAGGAGCGAGAUUACGACCCGGGAAAUCGUAUUUCGCCUAUUGCACCGGCUCUGGGACCCAUUGAGAGUUUUGGCGGAAUCGAGCUGCCCAGUAGAAUUGGAUCGCGUGCUUCCCGCGUUACGCAACCACCAGGACCUCCAAGUCGCGUGCCAUCAAUACCGCGCAAGAACUCACGCCGUACGAAGUCGACGGAAGCUGCUCUCCUCCCAGACCGACUGUCUACUGUUAUGGAUGUGCCAACGUCAGGGAGUCCGAGCAGCCAAAGACGAAGUCAGCACCUGCAACCGGGCGGACCUGGAGGCCUACCCAUUCGCUUACCCUUCGGAUCCACCGAACCUUCACCAGAGCGUUCACCAGGACCAUCGGCAGCAUCGAGCAUAUACCCGAUUGGUGGAACGUCCGAGCGUCCUCUGAGCACUGGUGUUGUCCAGCACCAUGUGACGAAAGACAGCGCUUCGGCAGAGAUCGUGGACCGUAGUCGCAGUGGCAGCACACAACACAGUGGGCGCAGCUACCACAGAUGAAAAAGUCAUUUCGUUAAUGUCAGUUUUCCCGUAUACCAUGUUGGGAACGAUAGAUUCCCAUUUUAAUCUUGAUUUUGGCGCAGAAGAUGCGCUUACGAGUUUCCUUGCUGUAUAGUUGUGCAAAAGCGAUUUUGAUGGCGUUGCUUGGGAAACAUGAGCGAUGGGCUCUUUAGGACGUAGACGGGGGCACUACAUAGUAUCUUGAUACUUUCUAUAUAUAUAAGCGGAACGGAGUGCACUGGCACAGUUAGUAACGUACAAUAGUAAUCUCAGUCAAUUCACGACUAGUCCUGG